AUGCAAAUAUACUUUGAUUUGGACUCUGAAUGUGCAAAAAUUGAAGUUGAACAAGAAAAUGAUUUGAUAACAAACAUGCAAAUUUUGGGGUAUUUAAAUGAAACAGAUAAUAAUGAAAGUGUUUAUUCAGAUGAAACCAAUUGUGUUUUAUUUGAGGAAAAAAUUGAAGUCGAUAAAGAAAACCAAAAUGUUGAUAUGGAAAUGGAAGAAAAUGAAAAUGCUCAACUAAUUAUAAACAGUAAAAGAUUGAUGGUUAAUAAAAAACAAAAAGAAAUAUCCAAAAAAGAAAAAGAAAAAAUUAACAACGAAAAAAAACCAAAGAAAAAAAGAGUAAGUGAUUAUGAGAAAGCGGAAAAAUUAAAACGUGCAAUGAAAAAAUACAAAAAAUAA